AUGAGUACCCAUCCGGAAUCAUCUGAAAGGCCCGCAACAUCAUCAACUGAUUUGGCAAAUCUGGGAGCUCAGCUGAGCGAGGUUCUCAACCGGUUUAAUGAGCUAAGUGUUGAAAUGAUGGCCCAACGGCAUGUAAUCGAUCAAUUGGUAGCUAGUGGCGCUAGCGGUGAGCAGCAACAUGCACCCUUACCCCCGGGCCAAUCUGAACCAAUACUCUUACCAUAUGCUCAAAUCUCUGUUUCUUCACAAGCUAUGAAUCCACCCGAAGAAACCUUUACUUAUCCCACUCAUGGCCCACCACCUACAUAUGCACCUCACAUCCAAACUAAUCCUCCUCAAGUCCAAAUUUCCCAGAAUUAUCCGCCCAUUACUGUGAGCAUGCCUUUCGAACCACAAGGACCACAUUAUUACGCCACCGCUGAACCAUUCACCCUAGAUACCGCCGUUCAAGGGAAAACUGAAGUUGGGGGGUCGUCCGUGCCCGUGGACAAGAAUUUACUAAAGAGAUUGGAUCGGUUCGAGGAGUUUAUAAGGAAAAGCCAAGGUGUGAGCAAACAAGGAGGUUUGGACUACAACGAGCUGUGCCUGUUUCCGGAUAUGCAGUUGCCGGUGGGUUUCAAAGCACCCAAAUUUACCAAGUACGACGGAACGGGGAAUCCCAAAACCCACCUUCGGAUGUUUGCAAACAAGCUGGGAAGACCAAUAGACGAUGAGAAUCUGCCGGUACGCUUAUUUCCCGAGAGUUUAGAAGGCGACGCGUUGGAUUGGUAUUCCAAUUUGAAGCCUGAAGAUAUGAAAUCUUGGAUGGAUUUAUCGACUGCUUUUGUGAGGCAGUAUGAAUAUAAUUGUGAGCUCGCUCCGACGAGGACCACAUUGGAGGGGACCAAGAGGAAGCCAUCGGAGGACCAUAAGACAUAUGCGAAGAGAUGGAGGAAAUUGGCCGCCAAAGUGGAGCCGCCUAUGACUGAAAACGAGAUUGUUCGCACGUUUAUUAAAGCUCAUGACCCACCCUACUUUGAAGAGAUUUUCCAGUAUGACGAGUUUAUAAGGGCAGGCAAGAUUGUUAAUGUUUCAGCUUUAAAGUCACAGUUGGAAGCUAUGCAGAGUCAGAGUGGCAGUAGUAAAAAGGCUCAAUUUAAGAAGAAAGAUGAGGAAGCCUCUUUUGUCUGGGACCAGGGUUUUUCUUCUCGGCCUAGAUACCAACAAAAUCCCACCUACUCACCUUGUUACUUAUAUCAACCACACCCACGCCCUGUUUACAAUACCACUAUCAACCACCCCCGUCCUCGACCAAAUUAUCCAAACACACCAUCGACGCCAUUUCAUGUUUCCCCACCAAACUUGCAAAUUAGACCUCGCCCUCCUUUUAACCCAAGACCUAUUCCAUCUCCUAACCCAAGUUACCAGUACCAACAAACUCGUGACACCCAAAAUCCAACUCCAUACCGAACCUUUACCAAUCUAGGUCGACCUGUUGACCAGUUAUAUGAGCAAUUAAAAGCUGCUGGGAAGAUUGGUACGGUACCCCCUAAGACCUAUCCCAGGGGAUUUCCCCCUGGUUAUGAUCCUCAAUCGUUUUGCGCUUAUCAUUCGGGAUCCCCUGGACAUCCGACGGCCAAUUGCUGGGCACUUAAGCAUAAAAUUCAAGAUAUGAUUGAUGCUGGAGACAUAAUUCUGAGAAGGAAAGAUGAACAAGGGCCAAGUGUUAGCAACAAUCCUUUUCCUCAGCACAAGGAUACUGUGGGGACUAUCACCAUAGAGGAAGGGAUUGAGGACCCUACACAGUACAUUGUAGACGAGGCCGAGAUCAUGGGGGUCAUUGGAGAACCGUUUAUAUUGGAGGAGGAAGCCUAUAAAGUUGAAGAGAAUACUGAUCCUUUUAUUUUGGAAAUGAUACCCUUUGAAUGUGAGCCUUCGGAACUCGUGGUACUUGAAUUGCCUGAGCAAACUCCUGUUCUUAAUUUACAAGAGGUCCCGUGGAAUUAUAGCGAACCUACACUGUUAAUUGGAGAGAGGAAGGUGCCUAAGAAGGAAGUGGAUGCCAUCACUAGAUCAGGGAGAAUCAUAGGGGAGCCUGCAGUUGAUGAGUCCUCAAAAGCAAAAGAAGGUGCUACACCAACGAAACCCAUAGUGACGGAUGAAGAGGCUUUUAAUUUCCUUAAGAUGUUAAAGAAGAGUGAGUAUAAGGUAGUCGAGCAAUUGGACAAGAUGCCCGCUCAAAUUUCCAUGUUAAAUCUGCUCUUAACCUCGGAACUUCACCGAGAGGCUCUGGUCAAGGUCUUAACUGAGGCUCAAGUGCCUAAAAAUAUUCCAAUUGACAAAUUCGCCAAUGUAGUUGAACAUGUUUUGGCUUCCAGUCGGAUUUCUUUUUCUGAUGAAGAUCUAACUGCCGAGGGGAUUGGACACAACAAAGCUUUGUAUAUCUCAGUCCGCUGUAACGGGAAACUCUUGCCAAAGGUUCUGAUAGACAAUGGCUCCGCUCUCAAUAUCUGCCCUUGGAAUACUUUGGUUAAGUUAGGAUUUCAAGAGACUAAAUUGCGGCCGUCAACCACUGUGGUGAGAGGAUUUGAUGGCGCAAAAAGUGAACCAAUGGGGGAAGUGGAUUUAGUGAUCGAAAUCGGACCUGCCCAGUUUCAGGUCAUGUGCCAAGUCAUGAAUUUUUCAAGUGUUUAUAACAUUCUCCUUGGACGGCCUUGGAUUCACACCUCGGGCGCUAUACCCUCUUCACUUCAUCAGUUGCUGAGGUUUGUGGUGAAUGAUCAAUUGAUCACAGUUUUUGCAGAGGAUGAUUGCACAAUGAUUGUUAACUCUGGACCAAAUGAGGAGGAUAGUAAAACAUCUCUGCUUUCUUCUCACCAUGUGGCUGACAUUGUUUCCGUAGGAUGGAUAUCUAAGGAGAAGCCCGUGGUGGAAAUGAAUCUGCCAGAAGCUAGUGUUAUGAUGGCUAAAGAGAUGAUUCGAGGAAGAUAUGAGAUGGGCAAGGGCCUCGGGCGCAACCUGCAGGGAGUUUUGGAGCCAAUAGAACUUCAAGGAAAGAAGGAUACUUUCGGAUUAGGGUUUCAACCUACUGCCAGGGAUAAGAAAGAAAUGAUGAAUCGUAAAAAGGCGGAGAAGGAAGGAAGGCAGCUUAUCAUGAAUGUCCCAUCAUUGUAUUGUACUUUUCCUUACCCAUCAGAGGUGAUCAAAUCUGAAGUAGACCCGAUCGAGGAAGUGGAGGUUGGGUUCUCUGAGCUGUUUGUGGGGGUUAUUUCUGAAAGGGAGCCGUUGGAGGAGCCAGGAUUUCCAGAGGAUUUUGAACAAUAUGAGGAGAAAUCCAAACCGAACUUAGAAGAAACAGAAGCUGUUAAUAUUGGCACUGAGACUGAAGUUAAGGAGAUAAAAGUUAGCAUUCAUUUGAAUAAGAAACAGAGAAAAGAGAUGAUUGAGUUCUUGACCAUGUUUCAAGAUGUAUUUGCCUGGUCCUAUGAUGAUAUGCCUGGAAUUUCAACAGAUAUAGUGGUCCACCGAUUACCGACUGAUCCAAGUUUUCCACCAGUAAAGCAGAAACCUCGCAAGUUUAAGUCGGACAUGAGCCUCAAAAUUAAGGAGCAAAUCGAGAAACAGCUCAAUGCUAGAAUUAUUAUGGUGUCUCAUUAUCCCAUUUGGCUUUCAAACCCUGUACCUGUUCCGAAGAAAAGUGGAGAAGUGCGAGUAUGUGUCGAUUACAGGGAUCUUAACAAGGCCAGCCCGAAAGAUGAUUUUCCAUUGCCGAACAUUCAUAUUCUUUUGGAUAAUACCGCAGGGCAUGAGAUUGAAUCAUUUGCUGAUUGUUUUGCUGGAUAUCACCAGAUCUUAAUGGCUGAGGAGGAUAGGGAGAAAACUGCUUUUAUCACGCCAUGGGGGACAUUUUGUUACCGAGUAAUGCCGUUUGGACUAAAAAAUGCAGGCGCUACUUAUCAAAGGACUAUGACCACCCUUUUUCAUGAUAUGAUUCAUAAGGAGAUGGAAGUUUAUGUGGACGAUAUCAUUAUCAAAUCCGAGAGAAUGGAGGAUCAUUUGAUUGACUUGGGGAGGUUAUUUGAAAGAUUGAGGAAAUAUGAUUUAAAACUAAACCCUGCAAAGUGUGCAUUUGGGGCCCCUGCCGGAAAGUUAUUGGGAUUCAUUGUCAGUAAGAAGGGUAUUGAGAUAGAUCCGGCAAAGAUUAAGGCCAUUCGUGAGAUGCCAGUGCCAAGAACGCAAAAAGACGUGAAGAGUUUUUUAGGAAAGAUUAAUUUUAUUGGGAGAUUCAUUGCCCAAUUGACCCAUACGUGUGAGCCUUUGUUCAAAUUAUUAAAGAAAAAUGUGUCCUUGCAAUGGAAUGAGGAAUGCCAGCAAGCGUUUGAUAAAAUUAAAGAUUACCUGUUGCACCCCCCGGUUUUAGUGCCACCCAAACCCGGGCGACCUUUGAUCAUGUAUCUAUCGGUGUUGGACGAAGCUAUGGGGUGUGUAUUGGGACAACAUGACGAAUCGGGGAAGAGGGAGCAAGCUAUCUAUUACCUUAGUAAGAAGUUCACUGCGUAUGAGGCCAACUAUUCUUUUCUUGAGAGGAGUUGCUGUGCUCUAGCUUGGGCCGUCCAAAAAUUGAGACAUUACUUGCUCAGUCAUACUACUUACCUUAUUUCCCGCUCCGACCCUUUGAAAUAUUUGUUGGGAAAGCCUAUGCCGACGGGACGUAUGGCGAAAUGGCAGAUGAUUCUUUCGGAAUUUGACAUUAUUUUCACUACUCAAAAGGCCAUCAAAGGCCAGGCUGUGGCCAACCAUUUAGCUGAAAAUCCGCUGAAAGAUGACUAUCAACCACUUCACACUUAUUUUCCGGAUGAGGAGGCCUUGUUCGUGGGUAUAGCAGAAGAUAUGAAUGAUCAAUGCCCGGAGUGGAGGUUGUUCUUUGACGGUGCAUCAAAUUCCUUCGGGGCCGGUAUUGGAGCUGUUCUAGUAUCGCCUGAAGGAAAACAUUACCCUGGUUCGGCCAAACUCCGAUUUUCCUGUACUAACAACAUGGCUGAAUAUGAAGCUUGCAUUUUUGGGUUAAAAAUGGCAUUAGAAAUGGAGAUUAAGGAUUUACUAGUAUUCAGUGAUUCAGAUUUGCUUGUACAUCAGACUCUUAAGGAGUGGAUUACUCGGGAUUCAAAGAUCUUGCCCUAUCAUUGCAACUUACUGGAGUUAGCCAAUAAAUUUAGGAGUUUGGAGUUUCGGCAUAUUCCCCGUGUCAGAAAUGUCUUCGCCGAUGCAUUGGCCACUUUAUCUUCAAUGAUCCAACAUCCGGAUGAGUUAAUAAUUGAACCCAUCCAGAUUCAUCUACAAGGGAAACCUGCUCACUGCCUAGUUGUGGAAAAGUCUUCCGAUGGCCGUCCCUGGUACAAUGAUAUCAAGGAAUUUCUCAAAACAGGAUCCUACCCAUCUGGGGCUGAUAUGACUGCCAAAAGUUUCUUGCGUAGAUUAUCAUCUAAAUUCUUCUUGAAUGGAGAAGUAGUAUACAGAAGAACGUCGGAUUUGGGCCUUCUGAGGUGUGUUGACGAAGAUGAGGCGGAGUACCUGAUGAAGGAAGUACAUAGUGGAGUGUGUGGAUCACAUAUGAAUGGCCAUUUAUUAGCAAAGAAGAUCAUGAGGACUGGAUAUUUUUGGCUUACUAUGGAGCAUGAUUGUAUAGUUUUUGUUAGGAAAUGCAUCAAGUGUCAAUUGCAUGGAGAUGUUAUGCACACUCCCCCUACAGAAUUACACAGUAUGACUGCUCCUUGGCCAUGUUCGAUGUGGCGUAUGGAUGUGAUCGGAGCCAUUGACCCUCCCGCUUCAAAUGGGCAUCGGUUUAUUCUGGUGGCAAUUGAAUACUUUACUAAGUGGGUCGAAGCUGAGUCUUAUAAACAUGUGACUAAGAAGGUGGUAACAGACUUUCUAAGAAAGAAUAUCAUUUGUCGUUUCGGAGUGCUGGAGACAUUAAUCACUGAUAAUGCCAAAAAUCUCAACAAUGACAUGGUGGAUGGUUUGUGCGCACAGUUCAAAAUCAAGCAUCGAAACUCCUCUAUUUAUAGGCCACAAAUGAAUGGAGCAGUAGAGGCUGCGAAUAAGAACUUGAAGAAAAUAAUCCGUAAGAUGAUUGAGAGACACCGUGAUUGGCAUGAAAAGCUCCCUUAUGCGUUAAUGGCAUAUAGAACUGUUAUUCGGACUUCUACUGGGACGACUCCCUACAAUCUCAUGUAUGGAAUGGAAGCAGUUUUACCAGCCGAAGUCGAAAUCCCUUCUUUGCGUAUUUUAAUGGAGGCCAAACUGGAGGAGGCUGAAUGGAUUCAACAACGUCACGAGCAGUUGUCUUUAAUCGAUGAGAAAAGGUUAAAUGCCAUUUGUCAUGGUCAAUGCUAUCAAAAAAGGGUAGCCCGUGCUUACAAUAAGAGGGUCAGACCACGGGUGUUCACAGAAGGAGAUAAAGUGUUGAAACACAUUUUGCCAGCACAAGAGGAAGCUAAGGGGAAAUUUGCACCAAAUUGGCAAGGCCCUUUCAUCGUCCGGAAAGUUUUGCCCGGAGGAGCGCUCAUUCUUGCAGAAAUGGAUGGGACAAUUUCUAAUCAGGUGGCACAUGAUGUCAAAAACAUCUUCGCCUAUUUUGCAAGGGAAGAAUUGUUAUACUGA